CUGUGAGGAGGAGACGGAGGAGAGAGGGAGGUCUGUGCUGCUGUGCUCGAUAAACGAGCAACAAGUCUGUUAGAGUGAAACUGUGAAUUAAAAAAAUAAAACGCGAACUACGACUGGUUGGAUUAAAAAGAACUUUUAAUUACGAGUUCCUACUUGGAUUUAACAGCUAGAGGAGUUGGCGGACGGCUCAGGAACAGAGUGAAGUUGUCAUGGCUGGCAUGUUUACUGAGCUGCCCUCCUAGACUUGCUUUAUAUAUACACGUACCCUAAAAUCUCUGCAACUCACACAAACACACCCACUUUGACUCGUGGUGUGUGUGUGAGGGAUGACAACCUCCCAUCUGAACGGCCAUGUUGCUGGGGAGGGAGGAGGAGGAGGAGGGGGAGGAGAUGAAGAGCUGAGGGGAGGACAGCAGCACCGAGAAAUGGCUGUGGACUGUCCGGGAGACCUGGGGAGUCGAACGCUACCGGUCCGACGAUCUGCACAGCUGGAGAGGAUACGACAGCACCAGGAGGAUCUUCGGCGUCGUAGAGAGGAGGAGGGUCGGCAGCUGGACCUGAACGCCUCGCUCAGACUCAGGAAGCUCUCCCAGCAUCCCCACGUCGGCAUCGACAACCCCACAUUCCUGCAAGACUCAUACACACCGCAGCAGCCAGCACUCAGCAGCCAGCACACUGCUGGUGCCUGUGUUUUUCUUGCAGAGUUAGAGGAGCUGCUGCUGUCACUGAAGCAGGUCCGGAGCUGCCUGUCCGACCAGCAGAGUCAGAAUGACGUAGAGCUGGUUCUUGCACUACUAAACAAGUCUGACUUCCAGUCAGCGCUGAAGAUCCAUAAUGCCGUGGCCAACAGCAUGCACCGACCCUCUCCUCCAUACCCGCACACACACCAGGCACUUCAGCUGGCCAUGGAGGCCAGGAAUCUCAUCCAGUCAAGUCAGAACAAAGAGGGACUCGAACUCUACAGCCUACUGUCAGACACACACAUCCAGUCACUGCUCCUGGCCCAUGACAGCAUAGCAGAGAUGGAAAUGCAGCCUGAGCCGCUCCCCGCCCAAGGAGAAACACUGACCCAGUGGGGAGGAGAGACUGUCAAGAUAGUUUGCAUAGAGAAAGCCCAAGACAUACCACUGGGGGCAACUGUCAGAAAUGAAAUGGACAGUGUUAUCAUCAGUCGUAUUGUUCGGGGUGGAGCAGCUGAAAGGAGUGGACUUUUAUCAGAAGGAGAUGAAAUACUGGAGAUAAAUGGCAUAGAGAUCAGAGGGAAAGAUGUCAACCAAGUCUUUGAUAUUCUUGCGGACAUGCACGGCCUCCUGACCUUUGUGCUUAUUCCCAGCACUCAGAGCAAACCUCCUCCUGUCAAAGAAUCUGUGGUUCACGUGAAGGCACAUUUUGACUAUGACCCAUCAGAUGACCCCUAUGUGCCGUGCAGAGAGCUGGGCUUGUCUUUCCAGAAAGGAGAUAUUCUCCACAUUAUCAGCCAGUCAGACCCCAACUGGUGGCAGGCCUACAGGGAUGGAGAUGAGGACAACCAGCCCUUAGCUGGACUGGUACCAGGGAAGAGUUUCCAGCAGCAGAGAGAAGCAAUGAAACAGACCAUAGAAGAAGACAAGGAGCCUGAGAAGUCAGGGAAGCUGUGGUGCGCAAAGAAGAACAAAAGGAAGAGAAAGAAGCUGCUGUACAAUGCUCACAGGAAUGAUGAUAUUGAUAAUGAGGAGAUUCUCACCUAUGAGGAGAUGGCUCUAUACCACCAACCAGCCAAUAGGAAGCGGCCGAUCGCUCUGAUUGGUCCAACCAGCUGCGGGCAGGCAGAGCUUCGACAGAGACUGCUCAACAGUCAACAAGAACGGUUUGCUGGAGCUGUACCCCACACCACGCGGAGCCGUCGAGAUGGUGAGCUGAGUGGUCGAGAUUACCACUUUGUGUCUCGUCAGACCUUUGAGGCAGAAUUGGCAGCAGGAAAGCUGAUCGAGUCUGGUGAAUUUGAGAAGAACCUGUACGGGACAAGUACAGACUCAGUGAGACAGGUCAUCAACACUGGAAAAAUCUGUGUGCUCUGUCUGCACACACAGGCUCUAAAGGUGCUGAGGAGUUCAGACUUAAAGCCUUACAUCAUCUUCAUAGCUCCGCCCUCCCAGGAAAGACUCCGAGCCCUGUUGGCUAAAGACAACAAGAACCCCAAGCCCGAGGAGCUGCGGGACAUCAUUGAGAAAGCGCGGGAGAUGGAGCAGAGCUGUGGUCACCUGUUCGACGCUGUCAUCGUCAACACGGACCAGGACAAAGCCUACAACGAGCUGCUACGACUCAUCAACAAACUGGACACUGAACCCCAGUGGGUGCCCUGCUCCUGGCUGCGCUGAACACACACACACAUUCACACACCAAUCAAAGAGCGACAGUGGAGUACACAUCUAUAGAGACUCAACCAACUGGAACCUGAAAUAACUGUGCGAGAGUUACAACGAACUAUUAGGGUUACUGUUUGGAGAAAACCGACAUGAGAUUUUGAGAGUUGCAAUGUUGUGAUAUAAAGCUGACUUUUUAUGGGAAAACAUCACAAUAUUAAAGGUACAUUAUGCAGGAUUUUCCUCAAAACAAUAGAGAUUCAAACAAAAGUAAUCCUCUGUAUUUGGAGCUGGACGGUUCAUUAGGUGUGCUGUUGGAAUAUAUAUAGCCUACCAUUCAGUUACUCAUUAUGCCACACUCACAGAGCAGAGCUUGGGCACAGACGUAGCAGCAGAACACAAGCGCAGUGAAAGUGAAACUUAACCAUUGUGCAGGGUCUAGAGGUUUGCUUUCACUUACAAGCAACUGCUCCUCUUAUCUAUUGAUCUGAUCUGAUCAGCUCUGAUGGAAUGGAAUGGUCAGUUAUCCACCCUUGACUCAAAACUCCCCAAACUGCUGCUAAGGAAAAAAAGAAGAGUUCCACCUGUUUACAAACUGUAACCAACAACCCCUGCAUUGUGUACCUUUACAACAUAAAGUUGUCGUUGUAGUUGAAAUCAUAAUAUUAUAAGAUAAAUUCAUGAUUUUAUGGAAAAAAACUAUAAAGAUAAUGUAAUUUAAUGAGGAAAAUUAGAACAUUCAUUCAUUUUCAUUCAUUAGUCACUUAUCGUGAUAAGGGUCAUGGGGGAGCUGGAGCUGACAUUGGGCGAGUGCUGACACAUAGAGACAGACAACCAUUCACGCUCACAUUCACACCUAUAGGCAAAGUAUAGUCACCAAUUAACCUGCA